AUGGAUUCAUUCAAAGCCAACAGAUCUCUCUUGAACCCAAAAUUCGAAGGAUAUAAACUGGAACCCAUUUAUCAAGAACAGGCAGUUGCCAGAUACAAGCUAUCGCGGAGACCUACCCAAGCCACAGCAUCAGGGAAGGUGCCUUUAACCUUCCAGGAAAUGCGCAGUCGCAUCACCCACAAUCAUCUCACCGUUGAUAGUGAGACUGGCCGGGCGAUCUAUGUCGACGAAGAAUUCAAUGUAUGUUUGAUUGGGAUCCCAAUGCCAGGGGUGAGACCCUCUUUCCAAAUCGUCUACCAGAUGGCCACUCCAAUGGAUACAUCAUCAGUCCCAGCUAUCCAGAGAGAAUAUCCUUCAUCUGUAUUCCUCAGCCCAACUACUGUGGUCGUAACAGAUGGAAAUGGGAUUCUAUAUGUCUUGCCCAUUCGUGAUAACCAGACCUCCGAACCUAUAGGAAUAUUUACCUUGCCCACAGGCGGUGCUGUCGACGCGCCGUUCAGGAUACAUAACCUUUAUAGGUCCUCCCCGGUCACCGCAGUCUUGUUACUCUCCUCACGACAUUACGACCCCGAGGCAAAGAAAGUUACUUCAAAUGCAUCCAAUUCAACCCCAGAGUUCGACAUUUGGGCAGUGAAAAUAAACAUCUUUUCCCUCAGACCUAAUAGCGAACCGCGCAAACUCGAAGUAAUAUGGCAUCGACGCGGCCAGGACGUCCCCACAUUCACUACUUUUGUCGAACAGGUCAAUUCCUUCCUCAUCCUUGGUGGGUCCACCUACCCCGAUCCGGAUGCGAAACCCCCCGCGAAACAUUAUGAGCCCACUCCUGACGAAAUCGCGCCAAUACCGCGUGCGGGCGAAAAUCUCGACGCUACCACUACCACCACUCCGAAUGAUGUUGAACCGAACAAACCACAAAAACCUCACCCUUAUUCAUGGACUCAAACACCUGAUGCUGUCACUGUGGCGUUCCCUCUGCCCUCCAGUACGCCGAAAAACAAAAUCAAGGUUUUAUUCACAACCCAGACUCUAACUCUACACGUCGACUCCUUCCCGCUUGAAAGUAGCGACAACACCCCUGCUCCCAUCCCUCACUACUCGGCAAAGGCUCUGUGGGACAGCGUGAACACUACAUCGUGUUUCUGGACAUGGGACCGCGAAGCCGAGCACGCAUAUGGAUUGCUGACUCUGCACAUGGAGAAGAAAAAUGAGGGUACAAGGUGGAUGCAGGUAUUUGCUGCAGCCGCUUCCUCCUUGGCCCAUGAUGAAGAAAACCCAGAGGUGCCUGAGACGCUGGACCCAUCGGAGCUUUGGCACAUUCGCGAAUCACUCGAGAAAUACACGGCUGCGCUCAAGUCGGGCGAGGACGCGUCGGGAUUGGGUUUGGGAAGGGGCGUGCCUAGUCUUGUCGAAGGCGAGGCCGACGAAGAGGCCGACGCAGCUGUUGGCAGGAAGGUGUGGGCAACCUGGGUGGACAUCAACGGCCACACACCAACAUGGACGCGCGAGAGCUCGCUGCUCGGCAAGAAAGAGAAAGAAAACUGGGAAGACGAGCCGAUCACGCUAUUAUCCACCCCAAUUCCAGGUUCGACCACACCAACAUCCAUCGCGGACCUGCAGCUCAUCCUGAAGCAAGACGUAGACGGAGCGGUGUUCUCCCUCGUCCCAGCCAACUCCGCUCCCGAGUUUACCUGGCAACACACGUCAACUUACUGCGCACUCGCGUUUGUCCUGGCGUCCAAGCAGGACACGCGGUUCACGCACCACAUCCCGAGGCGCGGUGUGCUCGCGUUCGAGGGCGGGAGCCUGCGCGAUCGCGGAGCCAAUGUGUACAUCUACCGCCCAUCCAAGAGCGGCAAAGACAAGUGGGCGAAGCAGUCGGUGCUGCAGGUCGAUGACGGGAGCAGUGGCGCGUUGUUGGGAGUCGGAUGUGUAAAAACAGGAGAUGGUGAUGUCGUAGUGGUGUGCUUGACAGAGGGAGAACUGGUCCUCAUCAACGGGAUUUAA